GAACUACUUAAACGUAUAAUUCAUUAUUAAACUUAAUUAAUGUUCACCAAGAAUGUGUAUAUAACCAUCCUUCUUCCUCCCUCAAAGAACUCACUCACUCACUCAUUCAUUCACAUACUAACAUAUUGAGAUCGAGUUUGUUUGGGUACUUGAGAGGAGAAAAUGGAGCACAGAGAGGAGGAUGUGAAUUUGGGGGCUAACAAGUUCUCCGAGAGGCAAGCCAUCGGCACGGCGGCGCAGCAGGAUAAGGACUACAGCGAGCCACCGGCGGCGCCGCUGUUCGAGGAAGGCGAGUUGAUGUCUUGGUCGUUCUACCGUGCCGGAAUCGCCGAGUUUAUGGCCACCUUCCUUUUCCUCUACAUCACCGUUUUGACCGUCAUGGGAGUCGUCAAGUCGGAGUCCAAAUGCUCCACCGUCGGCAUUCAGGGCAUCGCCUGGGCUUUUGGCGGCAUGAUCUUCGCCCUCGUUUACUGCACCGCUGGCAUUUCAGGGGGGCACAUAAAUCCGGCGGUGACGUUCGGGUUGUUCUUGGCGAGGAAGUUGUCGUUGACUAGGGCGGUGUUCUACAUGGUGAUGCAAUGUCUGGGGGCAAUUUGCGGCGCCGGAGUGGUGAAAGGCUUCGGGAAGACGGUGUACAACGGCAAGGGCGGCGGCGCCAACGUUGUCGCCCCUGGUUACACCAAGGGUGACGGCCUUGGUGCCGAGAUUGUGGGCACCUUCAUUCUUGUUUACACCGUUUUCUCCGCCACCGAUGCCAAACGCAACGCUAGAGAUUCUCAUGUCCCAGUUUUGGCACCUUUGCCUAUUGGGUUCGCUGUGUUCUUGGUGCACUUGGCCACUAUCCCAAUCACUGGCACUGGCAUCAACCCUGCUAGGAGCCUUGGUGCAGCCAUCAUCUACAACAGGGAUGAAGCAUGGAAUGACCAUUGGAUAUUCUGGGUUGGACCAUUUGUAGGGGCAGCACUAGCAGCACUAUACCACCAAGUGGUAAUCAGGGCAAUCCCAUUCAAGUCCAGCUGAAUUAUUUCACAAUAGUUUCUUGCGUUGCCAUCCACAAUUGAUAUAUGCAUGCCACAAUGAACUUUUUCAAUUUGUCGCUACCUGUUUAAUUUGCAGAAGGGGCUGAGAAAAGUAUGUGUAAAAAUGAAAGCUCCAUUUCACCUUUUUCCUGUUUCUCUUUAAUUUUCUUGUCUGUCUUUGCGUUUGUAUGUAUUUUAAUGUACUUACGCAGUGGGAGGGAAUGUGUGUGAUGGGAACAUAAUGUGUUUUUCAUUAAUGUCCAAAGGGAGAAUUCAAUCUUGCUUGCACGCUGUUGGUCCCAACAGGAGAAAGUAAGCUAAGGUGCAGUGGUUAUCUUUAUGUCAUCAAUUAUUAUUGUUUGUAUGUGUGGACAUGUAAUGAGCUGAGGUUACUAAAUAAGCAUUACCAUGUUGCGUUCCUUUCAAGUA